AUGGCACAACGAAGCCAUCUCCAAAUUUACCCUGGCGCUACCUGGACUGCCGAUAAUGGCCAGCACAUUCAGGCUCAUGGCGGAGGAAUCAUCAAAGUAGGUGAGCGAUAUUAUUGGCAUGGUGAAGACAAAACAGAGGGCACCAAUUUCCGGAACAUCAACUGCUAUAGCAGCAAUGAUCUCGUGGAUUGGCACUACGAGGGUGCCGCCUUAACUCGUCAAGAGUCGGGCGAUCUCGGCCCAGAAAGGGUUGUAGAGAGACCCAAAGUCAUCUUCAACAAAUCCACCAACAAGUACGUUAUGUGGAUGCACAUUGAUGACCCUGUAUAUUCCCACGCGCUUGUCGGAGUAGCAACAGGUGACACUGUGAAUGGACGAUUUUCGUACCAUGGGAGCUUCCGCCCUAUGGGAUGUGCUUCUCGAGAUAUGGGGGUUUUUGUCGACGAUGAUGAUAAGGCCUACUUGAUGAGUGAGGAUCGCAAACAUGGACUCCGUAUUUUCGAGUUGUCGCAAGACUAUCUAUCGGUAGAUAAACUCGUCCAUUUAUUCCCUGAAAACUUCGAGAGCCCAGCCAUGAUCAAGCAGAAUGGAUUAUACUACUUGUUCGGUUCGCAACUGACGUACUGGUAUGCGAAUGACAAUAAAUACACGACUUCAACAUCCUUGUCGGGCCCUUGGUCACCAUGGGAGCCCUUUGCCGACGUCGGGACCAACACCUACGACUCGCAAGUCACAUUUGUCUUACCCACGGGGUCUGGGACGCUCUACUUGGGAGACCGAUGGGAAUUUCCACCGCUCCCGCGUAGCACGUACGUGUGGCUAAUGCUCAAUAUCGACGGUACCAAGGUCACAAUGCCUCCCGCCACAAGCUUUGUCCUUGACCAACAAGAUGGAGCGGCGGGGACGCGUUUCACGAACAAGAUGUUGAAGCAGUCUACGAACGGUGAAAAUGGCCGCAACACAGAUGGAGAUAAACAGAGAUUGGCCAACUUUGAGUUCGAGACAAGCAUGGAAAGUGGCGCAUCUACACUGGUCUUUCAGUAUACAACUGAAGGUGACAAGGAGCAAAGCGUUCUCGUGAUGAUCGAUGACGAUUUCAAACAACAGGUGGCCUUCCUUGCAAGUCCAGGGCCUGACAAAGUCGCUUUGAGUACGGUUCAUGUGAUGAAAGGGUUCUCAAAGGGAACACAUUCCGUUACGGUAGUGGGCUCUAGCGGUCAAGGAACAGAUCUUCGUAUUGAUGGACUCAUCAUCCCAAAUAUUUAG